AUGUUCGACUACACCACUACCAGCGGCGCCGCUGUCGCAUGGUGGAAAUUCCAAGCCCAAUCAGCAUGCCCAGCUCCACUGUCAAGAGUUGACUCUUCUGUCGCAAUCCUUCCUCCACCUUAUGAGGAGGUCACUAAGUACUUCGAUGGUGUCUCUGGUGGUGUUCAAGAGGACAUCAACAACGAAGCUCUCUCAAUUUCAACCACACCCGACUACGCAAUUUUCGCCGACACACACAGUCGAAUGUACUACAACCUCCAAUCUGGAGCGGAAGAAAAGAUCUAUCACAGUCGCGCCGAAUACAUUUCAGGGCAAAACCGUGUAUCAUCUCCAAUCAACACUCACGGUCACACGUACGACAAACCCCCAAGCGAGGACUUUCCCGAAUGGGCGACUUCCGAGUCGGUUCGAAAACUCUACAACUUUAACGACCAUAUCAUUCUCUCUGAGAUUUUCGAAGAAGAGAAGAAUCUCCUUGCUAGACCGGGACAUGUAUCAUCUCCAGCCAUCACUCACGGUCAAACAUACAACAACCUCGAAACCGAGGACGUUCCAGAAUGGUCGACUUCCGAAUCGGAUCGAAAACUCUAUGAGUUUAACGACCAUAAAAUUCUCUCUAAGAAAUUCGAAAAAGUCAAGGCAAAGUGGUCUUUCAACGCCAAGCUUUCUGAAUCUUCUGAAACGUCUGCGGGCUUCUCCGAACAUUCUUUCUAUCAAAAACUAUCGAAAUACCUCCCGUUCGCAGGCAACGACUACAAGUCUUACAGGCCCGACGCUUUUAAGGAUGGUCGUUUCGGUGCUGCGUCUGAGAUGCCGUCUUUGACUAGUGAUUCUAGUUCAGUGAAUACUGAGAAUGAGGACGGGUGUUCGAUGGCGACGCCUGGUGCUGAGGAGACUUACCCGUGGGGAGGCCACAGAGAUGUGCAGAAGGCAUGA